GGCUUGAGAUAAGCCUGCCGUCCAGAUAGGCGUGUCGUGAGUUGGCCGACGACGGAGGUGACAAAUGGAUCCGUUGCAAUGAUAAUGUGUAGGAAUAUAUAAGUCGCCUUGACAAAGCUGAGUUGGAGUACCUAGGAAUCGUAGUCAUAGCUGCUACUUGAUUGCCAAGAUGAAGGCCUUUGUGCAACUCGUUCCAUUGGUUACGUCUUUGGCUGUUGCAUCGCCCGUCGAUCUCACUCGAUCACAGGUACACAGGCUAUUCGUACGCCAGGACAUCCAGACACCAAUCAAUGCCUCUCUUCCAAAUGUCACAAUCUUCGCAACCGGAGGUACAAUUGCCUCGCAAGGCAGUACAAACACACAAACAACCGGCUAUUCAAUUGGCCUCGGAGUCCAACAACUAGUCGAUGCGGUACCGGAACUGCUCAACAUCUCAAACAUUGCCGGAUACCAGGCCUCCAACGUAGCCUCUGGAAACAUCAACGAAACUAUUAGCUUGUACCUCGCACACAUGGUCAACGAAGAACUCGCAAAAGACCACAUUUCCGGCGUGGUUGUCACCCACGGCACCGACACGCUUGAGGAAACCGCCUUCUUUCUCGAAAGCACCGUCAACUCCACCAAGCCCGUCAUCGUCGUCGGCGCCAUGAGACCCGCCACCGCCCUCAGCGCCGACGGCCCACUGAACCUCUACCAAGCCGUCAAGCUCGCCGGCUCGCCCGCCGGACGCAACCGCGGCACCAUGAUUGUUCUCAACGACCGCAUCGGGUCCGCCUUCUACACCACCAAAAUGAACGCAAACUCCCUCGACACCUUUUACUCAACCGAAGCAGGCCAACUCGGCGUCUUCAUCAACCAAGUGCCCUAUUUCUUCUUCCACCCCUCCGAGCCCGUUGGCCGCGUCGUCUUUGACGUCUCCAACGUUACCGAUCUGGCCCCCGUACCGAUCUUGUACGCCCACCAGGACAUGCUGCCCGCGCUUUUUACCGCCUGCUACGAUGCCGGCGCAAAGGGUAUCGUGUAUGCUGGUGUCGGUGCCGGAGGUAUGUCGAGCGCUGCAAAUGCAAAUGCAGAGGCGCUGUACAAUGCUACUAGUAUUCCCAUUGUUGCUAGUCAUAGGAGUCCAGAUGGCAUGGUUCCGCCGCCGAAUGGGGAUGACGAUUUUACUAUCCCCAGUGGAUUUUAUAACCCUCAAAAGUCGAGGGUUUUGCUGCAGUUGGCUCUGACGUUGGGGUGGGGCGAGGAGCAGAUUAGAGAGUUGUUUGCAAAGGCAUAUCCCAUGCCUUGAUAGCAAUUCAGGGAAUUUUUUUUAAUACAUAAUUAGAUUUGCAGUAUACGAUGUUUAGUAAUGCCUUGUUGAGCAUGAUAGUAUUGCUUACAAAUGCUUCUAGUCAAUUCGUUGAUGUCGAGUCUAUCAUUCUUCAAUGAACAAAUUCAACCGUC